UUUGAUUAAAGAGGGAAAACGCUUUGGGUUGUUUAUUUAACAAAACGAUGUGGAUGAACGGCAGCUUCUAAACUCGGUUGGUAUUCUACGAAUGUUAACUGUAGAUUCAUCAACAGCGGAGAAGUAUGUUGUGUACAUUUCGCCUUGUAAAAAUCCUCUUCUUUGCGUUUCUGAUGGAGCUUGUCACAGCUAAUGAUCAAUGCAGGACAGAAGUAAGCAUUCAAGGUAUGGCUCUCAAGCUUUCCGUCUUCAAAAGAUGGUCAUUGGCGGCUCCUCACCUCUGCGAUAUCAAAUGUGAACAAGAAAUCAGGUGCCAAAGCUAUAACUACAACAGAAAAUACAAAAUAUGUGAACUAAACAACCGCACUAAGGAGGCAAGACCACAGAAUUUUCUUUCAGCCCCUUCAUGGUUUUACAUCCGACGAUUGAACGGCAGAGCACCCUUAGGUUGUAUCCCUGAAUUACCAGCAUUGUCCUGUCACGAAAUAAAGGCAAGUGAAGGUAAAGACACCAUCAGCGGCAAGUAUUGGCUGGAUCCAAUUGGCACAGGGAAGGCAACAUUGGAUUACUGUAACAUGGUUAACGAGGGAUACAUUAAGAACUCAAACAUACUGUCGAACAAUGAAAGUUACCUCGCAUUUCUUCGUGAAUUCCUGGUUCCUGCUGUUGGAAAUGAUUCCCGUUGGUUGCUCUGCUACCGCGCCUCUUUGCAUGGCUGGAAUGGUAGGGACUUUCAUACUCGUUGCGAUGGAAAGAAAAAUACUGUAACGGUUAUAAAGAAAGACCAGUAUGUUUUUGGAGGGUACUCUGAUGUUCCAUGGGCCCAUUGUCCUCCAGGAGCGAGAACAAAGGACCCGUCAGGUCGCUGUUGUGUACUUCCUUUCGAGUAUGAAGGCCGAACGUAUCACAAGUGUGCUGGGAAAGUACCGGGAAAUUUUGAGAGACCGUGGUGUUCAUUCGAUGCUGUCUACAAUGGUGACUGGGCGUCUUGUGAUGAAAAUCCCUAUAAUGGAUAUCGCAAGACAGAUAGGGCUUUUAUUUAUUCGCUCCACAACAAAGAAGGACUGGCGCCGUUUAAGAGUAUGGUGAAGCAUGAUUCCCAAGCCAUUUUUAUGGAUAUAAGCCAUGGUCCAACGUUUGGUGGAGGCUUCGAUAUUCAUAUUGCCAACAACGCAGGUCAUAAUGUUCAUUCGUACACCAACUUUGGUCACUCUUUCUUGGCUCCUAGUGAUGUAGAGGAAAAAGAUACAGUGUUAGCUGGAACUUACUAUUUUACUCCCGAUGAAGUAGAAGUGUUCUAUCUCCCUUAGAGCUGGAAUUACAAUAGCAAGUCUAUUUCUGUUUCUAGGCCAAAGGGAAAAGCCUGCCCCUAUAGCCUGGGAAAAGCGAUUAAACUUUCCCUUAUAAAACUAUGCGCGUGAAAACCUUCUAAAUUGCCUCAUUUUAUUACUCAUAUUUCAAAAAUAUGUAAUUA